GCAGAAUACGAGUCGCAUUUGCGUGCUGCAGGCGUUCCCCCAAUCGCCAUGGCGGCUGUCCCCCCGAGCGAAGCCAAUUCCCCCUCCUCUGUCGCGCAAGAGGACGACAGCCACGCCGAUGCGGGUCAACCUGCCGCGAAGAGGCGCCGCACCGCCCCGGCCUCGCGCGGUGUCGCAAACCUCACCCCGGAGCAGCUCGCGCGGAAACGCGCAAACGACCGCGAGGCCCAGCGCGCCAUCAGAGAGCGCACCAAGACGCAGAUCGACCGCCUAAACCAGCGCAUCCAGGAGCUCGAGAGCCAGCAGCCGUACCACGACCUGCAGAUUGUGCUGCGCGAGAAGGAAGCCGCCCAGGCCGAGAAUGCCGACAUCCGGAAGCGCCUCGAGGGCGUUCUGAGCAUCAUCCAGCCCAUUCUGCGCGCCGCGGGCGGUCUCAAUGAGCUGGCCGCUGCUGCCGAGCGCUCGCCGCUGCCGGUGCCGCCACACCACCAGCACCGCGAGGUCGCUGCACCGCCCGUCGACCCGCGCCAGUUCCAUGCCACGCUCCAGGACAUUGCGGCAGGCACUUCGCAGAACGGCACCCACUCGCCGGCCGGCACAGACGCCUCGCGGCAAUGGCCCUACCCCGGCGAGACGCCUGCCAGCCAUAUGCGCGGUUACUCCCACGACAGCGCAGCCUACGCGCACGAGCGACCUCGACCUCAGAUCCAGGAACCCUAUGACGAGCGCAUGGGCGUCGAGUUCCUGCUGGAUCACGACCAGCGUCGACACGUAGACCCGAACUUGCCGUCUCCCCAGCAGCUGCCCCCCAGCAACGUAUGCAGCAACGGCCAGGGCCAGUAUGCGCCGAACCUGGUGCCAUGCCUCACACUGCCACGGAACAUAGCGCCCACCUGCCCGCUAGACGUCAUUCUGCUGGAGUUUCUGCAGGACCGCCAAGCACGAGCAGCGGAGGGCGUCCCUGUGAAGACGUUGGUCGGCCCGCUGUACCCCAACUUCACAUCGUUGGUAUACCCAGAUCGCGCUGUAGACGCGCAUCCGCUGUCGAAGCUGUUCACCGACAUCCUGCGAACAUUCCCCGACAUCUGUGGCUGGCCUGAGCAGGUAGCCAUUGUCUACAUCAUGUUCCUCGUCAUGCGCUGGCAAAUUGAGCCUACGCAGGACAACUACGACAGACUGCCGCACUGGGUGACACCACGUGCUAGUCAACUGUUCACUGCCCACCCGUGCUGGAUCGAUCAUUUGCCUUGGCCUGGACUUCGCGACAGACUGUGCGCCCAGCAGCCUUUCAUACUCUUUGACACGUUCUUCAUCCCUUUCACAACAACGGUAUCGCUGAACUGGCCUUACGAAGCACGAGACGUCCUACUGCCCGCAUCGAAGAUCCAAUCCAAGAGUCUCUCUGCCGGCUCCUCUUCAGUCCACCCAUCCUCGCCCUUCUCGACACACGUGAACGCCGGUAGUCCAGCCGCGCCACACACCCCACAAGCUGAUGGCACACCGGCUAGCCUGCCAUCGAGCACGAACCUGCCGCCAAAGGAGGACGAUCAGUGGCUGAUUAACCCUGCGUUUGAGACACACAUGAGGGACCUGAAUAACUGGUCGCUGGGCCAGAGUUUCAGGGGCACGUUCCCGCAGUUGGCGGGUGCCGUUAAGAUCAAGGAGGGCAGGUGAUGUGGGUUGUACACCGUAUGCAGCGUAUUGGCGCUUCCGCGUAGUUUCGACGUGCAUCGGUAAGGAAAUGCUGUGGACAGGGUGCUGUGAUAGAUGUAACAACAGAAUAAUGUAUGACUUCAUGAUGCCUGCUCACACUUCGGAGCGGAACUGUCA